AAAGCGCACUGGUGGCAGCACGGAGCGGUAGCGCGAGCUCAGUACAACGAAGGGAACCCAACGAGUCCACAUCGCGCGACUUUAGCGAAGGGAGAGAAAGAGAAAGAAAGAGCCUGCACCUUAAACCCAGCCGUUUCAUCUGGAGAGGGUCGCCGCAGCCAGGAGGGGGAACGAGGGAUUUGAUCAGCACCGUUAUUUUUUCUUUUGUGUUUUCUUUUUUUUUUUUUUUUUUUUUUUUUUUUGGAGGAGGAUUGUGAGCGUUUGUGUGCAAAGAUGAUGGUCGGGGAGAUGGAGGUGAAGGAGAGACCGAGGCCGAGUCCUGACUAUCUCAUGCAGUUAUUGAACGAGAAGAAGCUCAUGACGAGUUUACCGAACCUGUGCGGCAUCUUUACACACCUGGAGAGACUCUUGGACGAAGAGAUAACCAGAGUGAGGAAAGACAUGUAUAACGACACAGUGAACGGUCUGGUGGACAAACACCCCCUAGAGUUACCAGAGCCAGUGGGAUCCAUCGUACAUCUGCAGGAGAAACUCUUUGUACCCGUCAAAGAGUAUCCAGAUUAUAAUUUUGUAGGGAGAAUCCUUGGCCCUCGUGGACUCACAGCAAAACAACUUGAGGCAGAGACUGGCUGCAAGAUCAUGGUGAGAGGGAGGAGCUCCAUGAGAGACAGAAAGAAGGAGGAGCAGAACAGAGGGAAGCCAAACUGGGAGCACCUAAAUGAAGAGCUGCACGUGCUGAUCACAGUGGAGGACACACAGACACGUGCUGAGGUCAAGAUGAGAAGAGCUGUCGAAGAGGUCAAGAAGCUACUGGUGCCUGCAGCAGAAGGAGAAGAUAAUCUAAAGAAGAUGCAGCUUAUGGAGCUGGCCAUUCUGAACGGAACAUACAGAGACACCAACAUCAAAACGCCCACCCUUGCGUUCUCUCUUGCAGCAGCGGCAGCAGCUGCUCAAGGUCCACGUCUGAUCGCGGCUCCUGCGGGUCAGGUCCUCCCCCAUUCUGCCCUCAGGCCCCCCACUCCGGCAGGGACCCCCAUCAUGAACAUCAUUCGGCAACCUCAGAUGGCCACCAUGCUACCUAAUGGGACCCCUACCCUGGUGCCCCCAACGCCAGAUGCGGGAAUUAUCUACACCACGCCCUACGACUACCCUUAUGCCUUGGCACCCACAUCUCUGCUGGAAUAUCCCAUUGACCACAGUGGAGUCCUAGGUAAGUGGGCGUGGGGGCUUGGCACUUCAUUCUUCGGUGCCCCACAAGAGGGUACUGUCGGGAUGUUUUACGGGGGCAUGUUCGAUGGGUCGUCAUCCGGCCCAGUUCAGGACUCACUGAAAGGUGCAAUGGCUACUAAAGUGCGGAGACAUGAUUCACGGGUCCAUCCUUACCAAAGGAUAGUGACCACAGACAGAGCCGCCACCGGCAACUAACAAAUGACCUCUGAACUCUGAACUCUUCACCCAAUGAUGAGCCGCCCGAGCCUGCCUGCUGAUCAGAUUAACUGGUAAUUGCCUUUUGCUAGCCUGGUGGACACAGAGAGAGAGGCACCUGUCCGAGCAGUGAUCCUAACAUAAACCAACAUAAAACACAACAACCCUCCAUACCAACACAUUGUGUAGCGAUAACAACGAUGAUACUCUUUAUUUUUUUUAUUAUUUUUUUAUUAUUAUUUUUAUUUCUUUCUUUUUCUUUUUAAAUCUCAAAUGGCUGGGUGAAUGUUAACAGUGAUGUUGCAUUACCCGAAAAUCUGCACUGAAGUUUAAAAGCAAUAAAGAAGCGUCUUCUGCUAAUUCAGCCCUUAAAUGCAUUUAUACUCAAAAUAAAUGUAAAAAAAAAAAAGAGAGAGAAAGAAAUCAGUCAUAACGCUAAACGGUGCAUCAGCAUCCCGAUUAUGUCUAUACGCUACCCUACCUAUUUAAACUCACUAUAAAUCAGCAAAAGAAAAAGAAGGAAAGAAAUCUGCACUCACACCAACCUGUGUAUUUCCUGUCCUUCUCUGAUGUAAUCCUGUGUCUUUCAGUUGAUGAGUUUUACUGUGCUGACACAUUCUGGGUGUGCCUGUCCAGCUGACUUAGAGCAUGGCUACAAUGACAGACUGCACAAAGCUUGUUUUGAUUUCUUUCUGUUACUUCUCCCUGUUUUGUUUAUGUUUCCAUGUAUCUUAUUAGCAUUUGGCAAUACUUGCAGGUUUAUACGUGCUGCUUAUUGCAGAAUCUGUGCCAGCUUAUUAGGGGGCAGUAGGCAGAGUCAGGCAGGGCAAGAGAUUGGGGUGAAGUGUUUUUGGAGUCUUCAGGAUAUUCAGGGUUGGACAGCUGGGAUAUGAACCGGAAUCAGUUUACUGAACUAUGCCAUCCUAAAAACUCUCAACCCCUCCCCACAUAUAGUGCCUGAACUUUCUACAAUUCUUUCUUUGAAUGAGCUGUGAGAUUAAAGACAAAAAAAAUAUAUAUAUUGUGUGCGCAUUUAGCCAAAGGGUUUCCAUUUAAUGAAUUUCAUAUGUGUGUGUGUAUCUAACCGCCAAGGGUUCUGUCAUUUUAGUCUAGAGUUUGAAAAGGUUUGAUGUCAUGCCUAUAUCUGUUUGUUAUAAUAGCAAAUCAAAAGAUGGAUGAAAUGGUGAUUAAUUGUCCCACAAGACGCUAAUUUCCUUGAGGAUGAAUAAAAGCAAUGAACACUAAGGAAGAUGAAUGAGGUAGACAGAAUGGGGGAGGAGUUGCAGUUUUCUUUUUGUUUGAUUUUUCUAAAUUUCUUCUUUUUUUUUAUUUUAUUUUAUUCUAAUUUUCUCUCCCCCGUCCCACCUUCCAAAAAUUAAUUCAACUGAGCUGAAACUAAAUGCAGGUGUUCUUGCCUUCAUGAAUUGAAAUGUACGAGUGGGGUACACGACUGAGUUUAGAUUUGUUUCAAAGACCCUUAUUAAAUAGCCCAUCCACAAUGUGUCCUGCACACCCCCAGCUACUGAGCCCACUCUCAUUUCUAUACACCCUCUCAAAAAAAAAAAAAAAAAAUAGGAUGUGAAAGCCAUGUCUGCCUGUUCAAAUUGCUUUAUACAUACAUGAUAUAUAUAAAAUGUAUACAAAUGUAGAUAUGUCAUUGCAUAUUAAAAUACUGAAAGAUCAAAAUUACAUACUUUUACAGGGUGCUGGAGAAGAAAUAUAUAUUUUUGGCAAUUUUAGCUUUUUAUACUUAACUUGCAGUUACAAAAUAUGAAACAUAAUACAAAAAAAAAUUAUAUAAAAACGGUUGUAGAAUAGUACAGCGAAAGGCGGUAAAGAAAUGUUGUGUGACUUUGGAUGCUAUUGGCCAGGGGGGGAAAAAAAACAGACCAAAAUAGUCAAACCUUGGAAUGUUAGGGGAAUGACGUGAGAGGAGAAGAGUACAAUUAGAGAGAUAAGUGCCUUACUGAUGGUCGUUUCUUUUUCCGAGUGUUACUUUCUGUUCAAUAAUAUCCAGCACCAACUAGGAUAGCGCAGAGCGAGGGAGGGUUUGUGAAGAGGAAGCACCCCAAGAGUUAAACCACGAGGCUGUUGCAGUGUGGUGCCACUGAAUCUAUUCUAUGCAAAGGAAUAGCAGUCAUUUGACCAGCUAACUAUGUGCCAUGAUUCGUCUUCCCAAAAUUGAGUUGAAGUCUUGUUGUUUUUCCUUUAAUCCCCAUUUGAACAAAGUGUGUAUUUUCUCUUUAUUUACCUGAAUUAUUAUUCUUAUAUUAUGAGGACAAAAUCAGCAAUGCUGUCUAUGUAUUUGGUUUACUGUGAUUUUUGUCAAGAACAACUGCCAAUCAUGAUGUGGAAGUCUGCCAGGUGUUUUAGAAGAGAGAUUUCAAAAAGAACUCAAUCAAUUGGACUUCACCUGAAACCUCCUCUUGUUUCAAGAUUUGCAAACUGGAAGCGUUCGAUCAUAUUUGCCAAAACAUACAUUAUUUUAUGCCGAGGAAGUGUUUUUGCUUUUUGUUUUAAAAGACUGGAAGAAAGAAGGGAAGAGGGAAAACGUAUUCCACGUACUUUGGAAAAGCCUUUUUGGUGUUUCACAAAGGAUAGAUGUAGCUUUACAGUGCACUGAUCUUAAAGGAGAAAGUAAUGUGUGGAGAGGGAAAAUAUAGCAUUUACUUAAAGUAUUACUGAGAGGAAGAACACUGGGAUAUUCAUCAGUGCCAAACCUGAAGAGCCACAGUAUCAAAUCACACUAAAGAUCAGAUCCACCCCGAGCAGUUUUCUGUCGUUGAAACAACCAGAGGUGUUCAUCACAUUGAAUAAGAUUACAUUCAGCUUUGUGUCCUGUAACCCUGGCAGUCUCUAAUGUAGUCUUGUUCAUCACUUUUGUUACAAAAAAAGGUCAAUGUCUUUGUUUUUUCCUCUUCUCAGUGUUAAAUACAUGUUUUUUAAACAUUGAAAUAAUGAAAUGCAAUAUUAGAGAGGAGUAAAGACGACUACAGAGCAAAUGGACAGUAUUAAACGAAUCCCCUCUGCCAUGUUACUACGUGCUGUUAAUGUUUUGGAGUUGGGUUUAGUCUUUCAGGUGUAUGGAGAAAUCUUGUUCUCUUCUGCCUGCCUACUACAUGUGUAAUAAUGUAAAUUACAGCCAUUGUUACAGGUUUCUAAUGUAUUUUUCUAACUUCAUUUUCUAUGUACAAGUCUUUUUUUUUCUGAUCUCCUUUUGUGAUGAAACCCACUACACCUUUUUUUUCAUGUCCUCUCUCCUCCGCCCUCCCUCUCAGCCCAAUCUUUACUCAGAUCUGUCUCUCAUUGGGAGCGUUGCCUUUUCCUACAGUUUUUUUUUUUGUUUGUUUUUUGCUGAUUCUUUAGCUUGUUUAACUCAUUAGCAACUUAUUAGUUCUUCUUGUCAUAGGUAUUUUUACAUGCUUGCAUUUAGUUUUUAUGGUGUUUGCUGUUAUUUUUUUCUUAUUAACCUCCUUGGCAUUUAUUUUAAUAAACAUUCUUAGUAAGAAUUUUACUAACUUUGCUGAUA